AUGAUUCGAUCGAGAAAGCGAUGUGCAGAAGACAGAGCGAUGCGUGCAGAUGUCGCGUUGAGUUGGAAUGCAAAGGACGUCGAUGCGAUAGGUCGAGUCGAGUCGAGUCGAGAUGUCGGCGUCGAGAUCACGUACCUUCUUGAUGAUGCGGAGAGGUGGAAGAAGGAAGGCGGCGACGACGACGAGCACUUGACCCACACCUCCAACCGCGCCCGCACGCCUGGCUGCUGCCGCGACCGACCGACCGACCGACCUCCAAGUCCAGCCAAAGACUCGGCCUCGUCCUCACAGCAUCGACACGGCCUCGGUACUUCUCGAGACUUGCAACUCUGCCAGGCCCACACAGCGGCCCGCAGCCUCGACUGGCUCUCUCGGUCGAUCUCACGCGGCCCCAAGCCUGGCCUGCCUGAUCGCAGCAGCUGCCCUGCUCUGGCGUCUCGGAUUGACGGCUAG